UCCCAACAGAUUUCACAUGGAAAUUUUGGUUUUGCAUGAUUGAGCAAUUCUCACUUAUUUUACAUGAAUUUGCCUGUUGCUUGGGUGUCGAGGUUGUGUUGUCUCUAGUUGGGUUAUCCCUAAAAGUGAAAUGAAAACUGUGGUCAAUUUUAUAGGUCAAAUUUCUGGGAAAAAGAUAUUGAGACAGGCAAAUCCAUUCCAACUGGUUUAGUCGGUGAUACACAAGUCACGCUUCUUCAGAAAUACAGCUUUGUUUUGCAGAUGAAGAUCAUCAUUAUAGUGUCACAUUCUCUUAACAGCAUAAGAGUAUAAUGUUUAAAGAGAACUGUUUUGAGCCCGUUUUGUUAUGAUGUUAGGUGUUUUAUUAACAGACGAUAUUUAUAUUACAGCAAAAAAGUUUUGACAUACUGCAUAUUUAAAUAUAAUUUUCUCCUGUCAGACUAUCAUAACAUUGUUGGAUAUGUAAUAACAGUCCCCUAAUCUGAUUUUUCUUCUCUAAAAAGAUUAAUUUAAAGGGAACAUAUAAUGAAAAUCUGACUUUUCCAUGUUUAAGUGCUAUAUCAGGUCCCCUGUGCAUCUACCAACCCAGAAAACAUGAAAAAGGACAACCCAGUAACUUUGUUUUGGCAAGCCUUUCUCUGCAAGCAUGUGAAAAAAACGAGCCGCUCAGAUAUUGCUCCCCUAGUGACGUAGGAAUUGGAUCUUAUUAUAACAUUACCGCCCCUAAAUCUGCACGUUUCCACCCACGGCGCCGCCAUUUUGUUUUCGCAAGCGAGGCAAAGCUGCAGAUGAAGAAAAUUGACAGUGGAGGGCUUCACCUUCAAGGAGAUUAUAUCAUCUCUGGCUGGUUCCCUCUCCAUAAUUCAGAGUCCACCAUCCCGUCGACACCUUACCUGACUGACUGCACAAAAGGCUUGACCAACAAGCAUGGCUAUCAUUUGGUGCAGGCCUUCAGAUAUGCUGUGGACGAAAUUAACAACAGCACCCAGGAUAAGCAACUCCUUCCAGGGGUCACGCUGGGCUAUCAGACAUAUGACUUAUGCUCCCUCCCAGCCAGCAAUCUGGCCACCCUGGAUCUGCUGACCCAGCAGCUCCACAGUUCAGUUGUGACCAGCCGCUCUGUGGCCAUCAUCGGUCCUGACAGUAGUUCCUACUCUUUCACGCCAGCCGCUGCUCUUGGUGCAUUCCUGGUGCCUCAGAUCUCCUACGAGGCCACAAAUGAACUGCUGAGCAACAAAAUUCUCUAUCCAGCUUUCUUCCGCACCAUUCCCAGUGACAAGAACCAAGUCAGCGCAAUGAUACAGAUUCUGGUCAGAUUUAACUGGACCUGGAUUGCCCUUCUCGGAAGUGACAAUUCCUACGGUAUACAAGGAAUGCAAGGCCUUUCCCAGCAAGCUUCACUUCACAAUUUAUGUAUUGCAUACCAAGCGGUGAUACCUGCAGUAACUGACAAAACAAAGCAAUACAUGCAAGACAUGGUCAAAAGCAUCAUCAAAACCAAAGUCAACACUAUAGUUGUCUUUGCCAAUAAGAGGCGGGCCGCAGGCUUCUUUCCUUUUGUUAUUGACCAAAACGUGACAGGUAAAGUGUGGAUUGGGACAGAGGACUGGUCGGUGGCGUCAACAGUGAGUAGUAUCCCAGGGAUCAGUACGAUAGGGACUGUCCUCGGUGUCGCAGUCAAAUAUGCUGAAUUCAGUGGGUAUGAAGAUUUUGAAAGGCUUUCUGUGCCUGGACUUAAAGACAUUGGUCUAAACAGUCCAUUCAACCUCAGCGUCCCAUGUAUGCAAAAUACAGACCUUUAUGAAAUAGCAAUUAAUGGCUUUUCUUUGUCGCAGUAUGACAUUGUUUCCUCCUUUAACGUGUAUAAGGCCGUGUACGCAGUGGCUCAUGCGCUGCACAACAUCCUGCAUUGUGACUCUGGACUAUGUCAGAAAUAUAAGGUGCAGCCAUGGGAGGUAUUUCACCAGCUGAAACGAGUUCAGUUUUCAAUUCGAAACACAUCAUUUUAUUUUGAUGAGAAUGGAGACCCUCCUACAGGUUACGAUAUUGUGACAUGGGUAUGGACGGAUGGCCAGUGGUCAUUGAAAGUGGUGGGAAGUUACAGUCCUAGUCCAACUGAUCUUCAGUUAGACGCCUCUCAGAUUCAAUGGACAGGCCAGUUGUCUUCUGUAACCAAGGUUCCUGAGUCGCUGUGUUCUCCAGAGUGUCCCUACGGACACAGAAAGCUCAUGACCGGACAGCAUAAGUGUUGCUUUGACUGCAUGGCAUGCCCUGCCGCCACCUUCCUCAACAAAUCUGGAUACACUAGCUGCCAAGCAUGUGCCAAAGAUUACUGGUCUGAAGCAGAGAGUGAGACAUGUAAGAAGAGGGCAGAGCUGUACCUGUCGUGGGGCACUCCGCUCACUACAGCCCUGCUCAUAUACCUGGGUGUGACCCUGUUUCUCACCCUGGGCACAGCUCUCAUCUUCCUGUUUAACCUCAGUACCCCUGUGGUGAAGUCGGCCGGAGGGAAGACCUGUCUGCUGAUGUUGGCGUCUCUGACCGUGGCCUCCUGCAGCACACUGUGCCACUUCAGCAGACCGUCCCGCAUCGGCUGCCUCCUCAAACAGCCGCUCUUCAUCAUCAGCUUCACCGUGUGCCUGGCGUGUGUGACUGUGCGCUCUUUUCAGGUGGUUUGUAUAUUUAAAUGGUCCUCCAAGCUGCCAAGAUUCUAUGAGACCUGGGCUAGGAAGCGAGGCCCUGAGAUGUUCAUCCUCAUCAUGACAGUGGUGGAGGUCUUAAUCUCUCUUCUUCGCAUGCUUCUCGACCCUCCCUUUCCAUCUCAGGAUUAUGACUUCUACCAUGACAGCAUUAUUCUGGAGUGCAGUAAGACUCUGUCUCUCGGGGCCUUCGCCGAGCUCAUUUUUGUGUGCGUGUUGAGCUUAAUUUGUUUCUGCCUGAGCUACAUGGGAAAAGAUCUGCCUGCCAAUUACAAUGAGGCUAAAUGCAUUACAUUUAGUCUCAUGAUAUAUAUGAUUUCUUGGAUCACUUUCUUUACAGCUUACUGCAUUUCCAGAGGGAGCUUCGCCAUGACCCUAAAUGUAGGCGCCAUCCUUUUUAGUGUGCUAGGGAUACUCGGCGGCUACUUUUUGCCGAAGGUGUACAUAAUCUUGAUAAAACCCCAAAUGAAUACCACAGCUCACUUCCAAAAUUGCAUUCAAAUGUACACCAUGUCCAAGCAGUGAAAGCAAAUAAGACUUUCUACUAUGUCUCUCAACAUCAGGAUAAUCCAAUAGUGCCUUCUAACAAUACAGAGCAACAUAAUCCCAGUUUCAGCCUUUUAGAAGCAGUCGAUACUCUGAUUGUCCUUAGACUGUGACUGCUUGGCAGAUGCGUAGCCAGUGGGCAGAUCGUCAGAGAAAGCCUAAUUGUGUUGGCUACCAAACGGGCAGAGCAAACGGUUCGGCUGCCUUGCGUGAACAUCUGUUAUGUGCUCCGUUCUCAUGGGUGCCCAGUUUCACUCGAAACAAUUCUGAGAAAAGAUUUAAUUGGGCAGCUAAUUUUGAAGAUAAGAGGACAGAUGGCGUCACUUGUCCGGUUUGUCUUUAGUAAAUCGUAAUGCCCGAAAUUGUAAAGUUUUCAGUAAAUAUAUUCAAAAAUAUAGGAUAAAUAUGGGAAAACUGGUAACACUUUACAAUAAGUCCCAUCAGUUAGACACCAAUACUUUUUUCUUUUUUUUUAGAGAAUUUAUUAAUCGUUGUUAAAGUUAGUUUUUAAAAAUGCAACUGUUUAUUGUUAAUUCAAGUUCAUUUGGUUCCAUUAAAUAUUAUUGAAGUCCGCAUGAAACAGAAUUUGCAAUAGUCUUUACAUAUCUGAGUGAAACAGCUUUUCAAACAAGAAAAAAUGUAGGGCAGGACUUGAUUUUGUCUAUCAGAAAUUGAUUGGAUCGUUACAGUUUAGAACAAUUUGUCCCGCCCUCACACGAGUAAACGUCAUUAGAAAAGAGAAGAGAUAGCAUUGUAAGUGGGAGGAGAAGUUUUUAGAGUAAAGAUUAUAUGGGUGCACAAUGAUGUGCAUCGAUAAAUCAUUUAUAAUAGUGCGAUAUUCCAUAAAAAGAACAGGAAUUGUACAUUUUGAUUUCAUUCUGACUUUAACAGAUACAAUUAUUAAUUUUAACAAUUAACAAUUGUUUUACAAUUUUAACAAUUGUUUCUCAGGUUUUGUGUUGUGGGACUUUUAUUUUGAAGUGUGUUUUAUGCUCAGCUUGUUUCAGUGUUUCAUCCCUGUGAUUUGUUCCUGUUUCCUUUGUUUCCAUUACUAAAAUUAGUUAAAAUUGAAUAUAUUUGAAUAUGAAAGAUUUAUGAAAGAACCUUAUUGUAAAGUGUUACCGGAAAACUCAGUUGUCAGUGUGUGUGCUGUGAGCAUAAGGUCCAAAAGCCUGAGACCAUAGUGAUAGUUUUACUAUAUAACCAGAGUAGAACUGAUUUGAAAAUAAAUUAAUAAAAAUGUAAAUGUAUUAGUAUUUGGUUUGUCCCUCUUUUGCUUUAAUGACAGCAGCACUCAAGAUGCAUAAACUCCAAAAGUUUGUUAAAUCUGAUAACUUUUUCCAGCAUGAUUUGAGAUGAUCCAAAGAGCAUCUUGAGCUUUAAUGGAAGAACAUCUGACUGUCUGUAUAAUGAGUCAAAUGAACAGUUGUACAAUUUUACUUUGAUUAAUGACUUAGGAAUAGUACAGAAUCUUCCUUUUUUUUUUUCUCAAAAUCCUAAAAUUUUCUGUUUAACACCAGGUUUAAAUUAAAUUAUUCCAAAUCCCAGAUUCUCCAUGUAGACUUUUGGACUCUUCUGUAGCUCUCCUAAUUUUUCAGUAAUGUUCAGUGACACACAAACACACACACACACACACACACACACACACACACACACACACACACACUUGCAUCAGCCCCUGGGAAAAGAUAGGAUGAAAGGCUUGCUGUUGUUAGGGAGGUCAUCUCCAUUGACUCCAGAACGUGUGAGUUGGGAGCAUGGAAGUGUUUCCCACACUACUUUUCCAUUGUGAGUGUGAUAUUCUCAGGAGGGAAGGACAAUAGACGUGUGCCUGUAGAGGGAGGCUGUGUAGUUGUACUUACUUGACAUUACCCAUCUGUGCUGGUAGAAACCUAAAAUAGACAUAGUCUAGAGUUAUUUGAGAGUUUAAAAUAAUGCAUAUGCAUGAUGCAUAAUUAAUGCAUAUCAUAUGAAAUUUAACUCUAUUCCAGCAAAAUAAUAAUACAAUUAAUAAAUAAAAAAAACCUGAAUUUCUCUGUCUGCCUCACAAAAAAAAAUUGGACCUCCAAUCAAACUCUCCCUUGAAGCCAUUUUGUAAGUUUUAGGCUGUGAUAUUUUUUAUAUUUUAUUUAUAUAUAUUAUAUAUAUUAUUAUUUCUGUACACCUUAUUUAACAGAACUACACAUUUACAGAAGUAAAAUCAAUGGUUCACAGAAGUUGAAAGAUAGUCAGUUAGCUCAGUUUACCUACAGUUAGUAGAUUAGCCCAUUGCUACAAGUGAAGUUUUUUGUAAUCCCCUAAUUUAACAUAAUUAGCUUGUUAAUUUAUAGUUUCAACUCUGUAUUUUCAUAGCAGAUGUUUUUUAAGCAAAUGAUUAAA